CUCAUAGUCCCCCUCUACUCCUCUAGUCAGUCUCAAGGCAGGCUUACUGGGUCUAAAUUGUCACACUAUCACCAGUUGGAAUGUCACACUAACACAUAAACCUAGAGGGACUGAGACAGAGAGAGAGCGCGAAAUAAAUUGGGGAAGACCAAAUCUGAGAGAACUGAAAGCAGCAGAGAACUGAAUUGGGAGGAGUCAGAUUGCCCGAAUUGAGUGAGAGAGAAAAUCUGAAACCCCUGAAGGAGGAGAAAGACUGUGAAGGAGCUCAUCAAAGUAGAAUAGAGCUAGAGAGUUCUGUUUUUCUCAGAUAGACAAGACUAAACAGUGGUGAUGAUCACUAAACCAUUCUCAGGAUGGAGAUGAUGGCUCUAGGCGAAGAUGGCUUUGCACGUUGUCCUCUGGAAGCUCUGAUCUGGGCUGGGAGGAAGUACCUGGAGCAGAUCCUCAGUUACCACCCUGACAUCCUGUGUCUUCAGGAAGUGGACCACUACUACGACACUUUCCAGCCCAUCCUGGCCAACCUGGGCUACCACAGCACCUUCCUGCCCAAGCCCUGGUCCCCCUGCCUGGAUGUGGCCAGCAACAACGGCCCUGACAUCUGUGCUCUCUUCUACCGCCGCUCAUGCUUCAGCUUUCUCCACACCUCCCACCUCUCAUCCAUGAUGCUGCCUACCAAUUAGGUGGCCGUCGUGCAAACGCUGUAUUUUUAUUUUUAUAUUACCUUUAUUUAACUAGGCAAGUCGGUUAAGAACAAAUCCUCUGAUAGUGUCUUUAACGUUGAAGCCCUCGGAGGACAUGUACAGGCUUUUUAUCUCCUCCACCCUGGGUCUGGACUCAGCCUAUAAGCUGCUGUGUGCAGAUGGGCAGAUGGAGCCGGUCUUCAUUACCUGGAAGAUCCGUCCCUCAGGGGAGAGCUGCAGUACCCUGGAUUACAUCUGGUAGUCUCACGGUGCUUUCACUGUGGACACCCUGCUGGACAUACCCACUGAGGAAGAGCUAGGACCUGACUGCCUGUCCCUCAAACCACUACCCCUCCGACCACCUCUCACUGCUCUGUGAUGUCAGCUUCAGGGAGCAACCCCAUAGGCUGAUGUAGGCUGCCUAUCACAGAGGUAUCAGCCAGUAGAGUCACAGUUCAGAACAAUGAAGGAAAAGUGACUGGAUGGGUUUGUGGUACAAGAGAACUGAAUUCUUAUUUUACUUGACCUGGUGGUGAGAUUAGAUUUUAGACUUGAUACCGGGGAGUAGUUGUUUUUUGUAUAUAUUAAAAACCAGCACUUGCAGAAACAUGACUACCUCCAGGGGAAAAAAGUUUAGGAUAAUAUCAAUCCUGUGGAUAAUUAUGUAACUCUGCUAUUUUCAGUGCUGUGGCAGCUAGAUGGCUAGUGAGUACAGAAUAAAUAAAUGUCCUGUGUAUUUAUUUUAGUGUUUGAUACUUUGUGUAGCUAGUUAUGUUAAUAUUCUGUAUCACCUUCGCCCAGGCUGAAUAAAUGCUUGAGCAUCAACAUUCAGUCAAAUGACUUUUGGGAAUAAAUGCUCACACCUCA